AUGGCGGAUCUUUCCAAAGAUCGUGUCACACCACAGCGCCCGUUCAUGAUCUCUCGGCUGGAUUACGCAGGACCGAUCAAAUUUCUCUUUUCAAAAGGAAGAGGAGCGAAAAAUACCAACAGAUUCGUUACAAUUUUCGUUUGCCUUACGGUGAAAGCAAUCCACAUUGAGAUCGUAUCAGAUCUAACAUCCAAAGCGUUUCUUGCUGCCUACGACAGAUUCAAUGCUAAAAGAGGAGCCUGCUCUUGCCUGUAUUUGGACAAUACAACUACUUUCAAAGGAGCAGCUACGGACCUCAAACAAUUAUUUACAGAAACUUUUGAGUUUGUGAAGGAUAUUAAAGGACAGCUGGCCAUGCAAGGGACUGAGUGGUCAUUCAUACCACCUAGAGCUCCGCACUUUGGUGGAAUAUGGGAGGCCGCCGUCAAGAGUUUUAAGCACCACUACACACGGAUCGUUGGAAAGUCAGCGCUGACCUUCAAAGAGCACAGCACUCUAUCUGCUAAGAUUGAGUCUUGCCUCAACUCAAGACCGAUCGGUCCUCUCAGCACAGACCCUUCGGAACCAGCCGCACUAACUCCUGGACACUUUCUAGUUGGCACAUCCUGUCUCGCCCCUCCAAAACCUGUUGACCUCUCACAAAAAUAG